AUGACUGAUUUGAACAUCGAGGCGUCCAUCGCAUCACCAAUCUACUUUCCAAUCCUCACACAACAUUGCCCUACUCUGGUUCUACAGAUCCUUUGUCCUCGAAAUGACUCUAAUAUCACCACAGAUAUUACACGUAAGCAGCGACCAAGAAUUCUCCUUAUGUUUCCAGGCAAUUAUACGCCCCCAACUGCGAUAUCCGGAGAUCAGCCAUGCAAUGGGUUACUUCUUCAGCUAAAUCCUUAUGGCAAUAGCGGACGAGCAAAGUGCACAGUUCGGGUCUCAAAAGCACGUACUUUAACAUCCAGAGCCAUUCAGUAUACGAUGCAUAUUCAGUUCUACGGCACAGUUUACGAUCUGUUGACUGCUACAAGGGAUGUGUUUGGUGAGGGUAAUCCGACAUUUAGAUACCGUUUGUCUAACGGACGUUUGCAUGGUGGAAGAGAUUUCUGGCUUCAAGUCCUGAUCAAGUGCUAUUACCGACAAUUGAUUUUUCGAACAAACAUCGAAGGAACUCGCUACUUUUGGUAUCCAUUUGAGUGUGAAUGGGCUGAUGGCCUUGUUGUUAGCCUCCGAAGUAUCAAAAAGGGCCAGUAUCCCGAUGAGUCAAGCCGACAACUAAUUUGUACCUGGCCAGACGCUGGAUUGGUUAAUGUGCCAAGAGUACUCGAGUACAAUGCUACCAAUGAGUUGUGUUGUUGGUAUCCAGUUCCCAAUGCCAAUGCCACUGCUCCAGGUCCAGUAGGCGGUGGUCAUUCCAGUCACCCGAUCUUUGAGAAUUACAGCACUGAGGAGAAUCGAGCACCAGUUACAUAUGUGUCAUUGCUUCUCCCGAACGAACCCUUAUACUAUGUUAUGAGGGAUCUUAACAAUGGCAAUGUUAUGUUUCAUGAUGGACAAAUCUAUUUGAUCAAUCAUCUUGAUGCUAAUAUCAUAUCUUUAUCUUUCAUAACAUUUGUUGUAUACCUUAGACAUAAACAUCUUAUCAAACAUCUAAAGCUUCCACAAGCCAAUAAUCAAAGAUUGAUAAAUGUUCAAGGUGCCUUUUGGCCUCCAUCGAGUGAUGAUGAUGAGGACGAUGAAUAA